AUGGCCAAUAUGUACGAUGACCAGGGUGAAGGUGGUCUUCGGCGAAGGAGGCCGCGACCAAUCACCGACUAUGGCUCCUCCAUGGUUCAAUGGAUGAGCCAUCGGAAACCGGCGUACAAAGGAAGCUAUCACUAUGAACAGGAACGGCCGAGUCUGAGCUAUGUGAUUGACAUGUUGCCGCCGGCAGCACGGCGCGACGCCCCAGCCGAAUCCAUUCCAGUGCGCCAUCUACACACCUCGUUGGGCAAGUCGAAAAAGCCCGUGACCGUGGUCCGGUGGAUGCCAGAAGGCCGUCGACUGCUGGCAGGCGUGCACAAUGGGGAGUUUAUGCUGUGGAACGGCAUGUCCUUUAACUUCGAGACUGUCACCGCCAUGGGAUCGAGCUCACUACGCGCUGCCGAGUGGUCGAAUCGAAAGGACUGGCUGGUUGCAGCCAACGACGAGGGCACCGUCUACUAUCUCCAGCCGACGCUGAACAAUCCGCAUCAAUUCCGAGGCCAUGACGCGCCCAUUCGGGAUAUUGCGUUUGCGCCCUCGGACACGAAAUUCGUGACGGCCUCGGACGACAACACCCUCAAGAUCUGGGACUUCACCUCGUCCACCAACGAAUCCACCUUCAAGGAGCACGGAUGGGACGUCAAGGCGUGCGACUGGCAUCCCACCAAGGGCCUGGUCGUUUCCGGAAGCAAAGACCACAGUGUCAGGUUAUGGGACCCUCGCACGACCCGGAAUCUGACGACGCUCCAUGGGCAUAAGAAUGCCAUCACCGCCACCGUCUUCAGCCGUCUACGUGACCAGUUGCUCGCCACGGCCGGUAGAGAUGGCCAGAUCCGCAUCUUUGACUUGCGGCUGAUGCGAGACGUGGCAGUCCUACGGGGGCACGAGAAAGGCGUGACCACAUUGUCAUGGCAUCCCAUCCAUCCCAGCUUGAUCAGCACGGGCGGCGAUGACGGUUCCUUACACACUUACUUGCUCACCGAACCCAAUACCCCUCCUGGCAUCUCUUCAACAACAAUCUCCCCCUACGCCUCGUCCGACCCGAGAUCGGCGCCCGCACAAUCCAUUUAUCCAGCCCACCGGAUCCCGCACGCGCACGACUCCUCCAUCUGGUCGCUCGACUGGCAUCCGCUGGGCCAUAUCCUAGCAUCCGGCUCCAACGACCAUUACACGCGGUUCUGGUCUCGCGCGCAGCCUGGCCAAAGCAUGUGCUUCAAAGACCAGUUCCAUCUGGGCGAAGAGGGCGCCGAGGCUCAAGGCACAUGGGACCGCAAGUUCGGGCGCCGCCAAGCCAGAGAACUGGAAGAGCAAGAGGCCGAAGACGAAGCCGAGGGUCUGGAAGACCAAGGCACCGCCCCUGGCUCGCAAGCUGCCGGUGCUGCCUUCUCCAUCCCAGGUCUACCUGGUCUUCCUGGCAUCGGCCAAAUGAACGGAUCAACGCAGCAGCAGCAGCAACCAUCGUCUGGCCCGCCUGGCUUCACCAUCCCACCGCCUCCACUAUCUCUCAUGCCCGGCCGACCUCAAUCCUCCGGCUCGGGCUUCCAACAACAACCACCGCUGCCAUUCCCCUCCAUCCCAGGCAUUGACGCCGAAGCCCUCCAACGACUCCUCGCCAUGUCGCAACAACAUGCACAAUACCAAGCUCCUCCCUCAGGGGCCAUUCCACCACCAGCCGGAUAUCCGGGUCAAGCUGGCGCCGCCGCUCCAAUCGACUUUUCACAACUCAAUCUGCCGCCUGGCUUCCAGAUGCCGCCGCUUCCCAUUCCUAAUGCCGGUGGUAGUGGCGGUGUUGGCGGUCUUCCAGGCCUCGGCAUGCAAACCUCGCCAAAUCCAGGCGGUAUACCGGGUCUACUUGGACCUGGAGGAGGCACGGCCGCCAGUGGCAGUGGCAGUGACGGAGUACGCAGGCGUGGACCACUGCCCAGUCAGAGCGACGGUUUCAAAGCCGAGCAGGCUAGAGGGAACUUUCGCGUCGCGAGAUGA